AUGGCCAACCCACGCACCCACACCCUAGACAACUUCCGCACGAGCCUAACAGCCCUCGUAAUCCUGCACCACGCCUCCACCCCCUACGGUGGUGCAGGCCCCUGGCCCUACACUUCCCCCCGCUACUACCCCAGCAGCUCCCCCGCCCUCGUCCUCUUCAACGUCACAAACCAGACCUUUUUCAUGGGCUCCUUUUUCCUUGUCUCCGCGUACUUUUCCUCCAUCGCCGCGAAGAAGAAGACGAGGUCGCAGUUUCUGCGCGAGAAGUGGAGGAGGUUGGGUGUGCCGACGCUUGUGUUUUGUCUAGUGAGGGGGGGUUUCGUGAGGGGGAUAUUGGCGGGGAGGUUGAAGGGAGAAGGAUGGGGCGUGGUGGGGAGGGAGGUUUGGGAGGGGGUCAAGAGCGUGAGGGGGAUUAGAGGGCCGGUUUGGUAUUGUGCUACUCUUUUGGCUUUUGAUGCGGUGUUUGCUGGAUUGUUGCCGGGGUAUUUUGCUCGUCAGGAGCCGGUGCCGCAGGGCAAGAAAGCGGACUCCGGUUCUGCCUCUAGCAAUAUUAAGGCCAGCGCACCGUCGACGAAGACUCCAUCCCAAAUGGAAGUUACCAACGCCCCAGAGGAACCGAAGCCCUUCCGGACGACUCACGUGCUGGCUACCCUAGGCCUGAUAUCCACAUCAUCCUUCUUCAUCCGACUCUACUAUCCCGUAGGCCGAGCCUUCUGGCCCUUGUUCCUCCAGCUGGCGUAUGUAUCCCAAUACGUCACUUACUACACCGCCGGCAUCUACAUCCACCGCUCUGGCCGCUCACUCCAAAACGCCAUCUCUUCGCACACCUUGCGAAUAGUUGGCACCAUCACCGCCACCAUCGCCUCUCUCAGUCUCUUCCACAUCAAAUCGCUACUCGAUACCGGCAUGUCUUUCCCCGACAUCGUCCCUCUCAUCUUCGGCGGCCCUAACCCACUCGCGUUCCUCUACGCUUUCUUCAACGAAUUCGCUGGCUUGACCCUCACUUCGCUCCUUCUAAAAGCUUUCUACAACCCACGUUUGGCGUUUCUGAGCAAGCGCUGGAUGCCCGGUCGUUCUUGA